CACCAAAAUUGUAGCAAGUGUUCUUUCACUUAGAGAAUUGCUCUAAAAUGGCUAAAAACUCUGUUGCGUUCUUUGCCCUCCUUUUACUCAUCUGCAUUCUUACGAUAUCAGAAUUCGCAGUCGUGAAGGGAGAAUUAUGUGAGAAGGCAAGCAAGACAUGGUCUGGAAACUGCGGCAACACGAGACAUUGCGACGAUCAGUGCAAGGCUUGGGAGGGUGCUGCGCAUGGAGCUUGUCACACCCGCAACAAGAAACACAUGUGCUUUUGCUACUUCAAUUGUCCCAAAGCUGAGAAGCUCGCUCAAGACAAGCUGAAAGCUGAAGAGCUCGCCCGAGACAAGGUUGAAGCCAAAGAAGUGCCACAUUUUAAGCAUCCAAUUGAACCCAUCCAUCAUCCUUGAAUAACAACCGGUAUAUCAUUAAGAAUAAAGUGAAAAUGCCGUCUACUUAACAUAUAAAGCAUUUUCUAAUGAUGUAACACAUGUUGCCUCUGAAAUCAAUGGCUUAUGAUUCCCAUGUAUCGAACUAUCGAUGUGUCCAAGAUAUAAUAUAUUUCUUUCGUGAA